UUUUCCAUUAUGUCAUAUUCUAUAAUGUAUCCUACAUACACCAUCACAUGUUGUAUAUGUAAGGUCGAUCGAGUCAGGACAACACGCAGUCCCGCACCAGUAAGCCUGUAUGCCACCUCGACAAUUACCGCGUCAACGCAUUACAUACACUGGCACAGCGGGGCGGCAGAGUUUAUUUUCUAGCUGCAUCGCCAGCGCUCCCUAUCGGUUGACCGCGGAAUCACUGUCGUUACGAAAUAGGUGAGACGGGCCUACGUUCCCGAGAUCAUAUGGACCAGCCGCUGUUUGUAGAAUGAAUUACCUGGAGAACGAGAGAAACACAGUGAAAUUUUAAAAUGGAAGAAGAGAAAAGGCCUCCGUAUUCUCCCGACAACUUCCGUCUGGGAGUCGAUUUGGAAAAGACCGCUGUGUACCAGCUGAGUUUUCUGGAAUCUGUCUACAAGACUCCGGCUCUGUCUUCGGAAGCUGUGCUAGAAAGAGCAAUAUGGCGGUACGAGCACCUGUGGCUCCCCCUAGCGGCUGAAUCACAGGACACCGGCGAACUGUUACCGGCUCCCAUUGACGUGGAAUGGGUGUGGCACUGUCACUUAUUGUCUCCCCUUGCUUACGAGAGGGAUUGCUUAGCGGUAGUUGGGAGGUUAGUGGACCACAAGCUGUUGACUCAGGAGGAAAGAAAAACCGGUCUGUUGAAAUCAAAGACCAUGUGGGAAAGCAAAUAUCCAGGUGAAGCCUUCGAUUAUCUUGAAUCCGAUGGAUUGAAUGAGAAACAAGCCGCAGCGGAUAUCGUUGGAUCAAAGAUCACCUACAAUAUAAGGGGUGCCAUUUUCAGACAGAAAGACUUCUACUACGAAGUAUCAUUGGCACAUUUCAAGGACGUGAAGUUCCUGGCCACUGCUCUGGACCGGUACAGACGUUUUCUGUAUCUUCGUCAGCAGUUUCCAUCGGUGUUUCUGGUGCCGUCUUACGACAUUGACCUGAUGUGGCACACACAUCAACUUCAUCCCAAACACUACCACACAGACACUUUACAACUUCUCGGUCGUAUCUUCAACCAUGACGACUCUGUAAAUGACAGAAGCCCUGGCUCCAAACUUAGCAUUGCGGAUGCAGAAACAAGGAACUUGUGGAAAGACACGUUUGAGGAGAACUUUACCAUGUACGGAGCAAUGUACAGGGGGUUCUCGCCGGCUGGGAAGCUCGCCGAUAUUCCUCCUGAAAACCUGACAGCGAUGGCGACGAAGAAAUGCCGCCUGACCAUAAAGAAUAUCGACGUUGAGGGUUUGGCCUCACCUGAUCCUCGUCUAAGGCUAAACAUCGCAAAAGUCGCCAGCGAGGCUGCUAAAGCCAAAGACCCCACAAUUCGGCCACAUGUUCAAAUUUCCAGUCUGAAGGAACACGGCAGUUCCUGGAGAGGAGAGAACUUAGUCAGUACCGUCUUCCAGACAAUGGACGAUGUCGGCUUGCACUUUUCGCUGUCCGAAAAGUUCGGAAACUUCUGCUUUCUUUCGAAAGAGGAAGUAGGUUAUGCGUUUGACAACAUCGCCUCUGACGUGGAAAGCUGUUUUCCGGACGGAGCGGAGACCACAAGAGCUCUCAGCUUGAAUUCAUCCGACGGCGUGAAACUUAAGUACCUGUUGAAAAUUGGACCUCCGAAGCUGGGACCUCUUGCAUUAACGGUAACGGCGGGGACAUACGAGAGCUGCAUCAUGCCCGAGAUGAUUGAGCAGAUGUGGGGUCCGAUCCCGCUAGCCCGUCUUCCACAGGGCACAGACAAUACCUGCGAAGUGGCAUCACACAGAUUGAUUAGCCACUUGGGUAAGGUAGAGUUUACCUGCCGGACAAUACACAGUCUCCCUUUGAUGAUGUCCGCCAUACAGGUGUUCUACCAAGACAAGAUGGCCGUCGUAGCUCACCUGAUCGGCACAGAUCAGCUUCCGCUGUCGUCACAGGUGUCAAAUAUUCCAGAGAAAUGUGUCUCCUUGACCCCAGGGGUAGGACAGAGAGCUAUUCUCAUCAAGAACAACACUGAGGACUGGGGGAUUCUUCUGGGAAGAUGGGUAGGGAUGAGGAAAGGCGUCCCUGGGACAAAAGGCACUCGAUACCAGGCCGGUCGGCGGGGUACACCUGGCAGUCCUGGUCGACUGAGGGUGAAGCUAUACAAGAUGUCCGACAAAAGUUGGCAGACUGUUGAGACGAAGUACGAUGAUUCUGACUACGACGUCGAGAUUAAUAAAAUGGAGGUCAACCUGAAGCAAGGUUUUAUUACGCUGAAGUCGCAGGAUAAAGACAUCGCGGAGAAUUUAGCUGUGGCGUUUAGCAUUGGGUUACUUCACGUCCUGUGUCAGCCUCGACCCAAGAACUGGAAGCCUGGAUACACACCCACCUCGACAUCGCGCGGAAACAGGAGCGUGCGGAGUAUCCCGUCAGAGGACAUGGUGCUGAUUCUGGCCGCAGGUUACAUCGCCUGUGCCCCCACAAACCAUUUUCUGUACUCAUCGCACCAGGCUCACGACUCGUGUGCUGGUUGCGUGGGAGUGGUUGGCGAUGGCGGCUUGAUUGAUGCCAGCGACAACAACAUCUUGGGCGACAACUACUCAGUAUGCGAUAUGGACUACGAAGCGGCGUACGGCGACGGCGAUUUUGGCGGCGAUGGUGAUGGAGGUGACGCCGGCGACGCCGGCUGUGGGGGUUGUGGUGGCUGUGGCGGUUGUGGUGGUGGAGGAUGUGGCGGAUCGGGAGGCACAGGAGGUUGUGGGGGCGGUGGAGAUGCAGGUGGGGGAGGUGGAUGCGUUGGAGGCGGUGGAGAUGGUGGAGGUGGCGGUGGUUGCGGAGGUGGCGGUGGUUGUGGAGGUGGCGGUGGUUGCGGAGGUGGCGGUGGUUGUGGAGGUGGCGGUGGUUGCGGUGGAGGUUGUGGUGGCUAA